AUGCUGUCUCGAGCAAGGAAACUGCAAAGCCGUCUUCUUCACGGGUUGUUGUCGGAGCAGAAAGACUUCUUUCUUCAUCGAGCCACCCUGCCGUCGGGGUCAUCGAAGCUUCUGACCCAAGCUGUAAAAGUGGAAGAUCCGAAACCAUGUAUCAGACGAAGCCAAGCAGCAUGUCGGGUAUGUCCUACCACAUUCGUCGUGUGUCCAGUACUGAUAUUAUCAUGAAAGGUCUGAACAUCAGCCAGGGAGAAACCAUCACAAGUAAUGACGACCUCUGGCAAAGCCUUCAGUCGGCGAUGCUGGAAAUCUUCAAGGCACGCGUAGACAGUCCACUACCUGACGUGAAUGUAGCACACCUCAACGAGACAUGCCGGCGUCUUAUGCGUGCUGAUUCCAGGAACACUAUAUUCUCGCGCUUUGAGGAUACCUUGCUAAUCAAAUGCUUCAUAAUUGUCCGGGAUUCGAUCUUGUCCUCUCCUAUCAACACCUUUCUAGACUGCUUGGCAAUCUGGUGGACACGUUUCUAUCAUCGCAUCUUGCCGCUAGUCUGUAUCAUCUUCACACCAGUACCGACGUUUGGCCUCACGGUGCGGCAAAUGUGCUUGAAAGUUUUCCGCGAUGUCAUCCUCAGCAAAAUCCAGCACAGACUAAAAGACUCCCUGGGACAUGAAGAUGGAAUUCCUAUCGAGGUAGUUCAGAUGCUGCUAACACUUCAGAGUGUACCGGAAACCGUCACAGAGAGCUAUCGGCAGACUGAAGAGCUAUCGGGCCUGCUCAUCCGGCCCUACCUGCAGAACAUGAAGGCGAUUGGCGAGCAACUGGACCAGGAGCUUACAGUCGACGCCCACCCACCCAGUGUGUCCAGCUCGCACUUCCCAAGGCGUGCCAGUGCGCCCAUAUCUGGUAUGACUCUUCUGGAGUACGGUUCCCGGGCAGCACAGCUGGAUCGAGACACCCCCAAGCUGGGCCCGGUCAACGAAUCGCGUGCCGUCAUGUGACACCACACGGCACGGCCAGGUCUCCGCAUCCAGUGGAGUACCCUACUUCCAAUUGCCCCAUGGGUUACGCACACCUCUGCCAGUGUUCCCGGGUGGUUUUCUUAGCACGAUGCUGCAUAGCAGAUGGACACUUUGCUGAUGUAACGUGUAUCUCUCUCCCAGUCUAUCAGUCCGGCUCGGCUGGUUUCAGCUUGUUUCCACUGCAGUCCUAGUGCUUGGCCAUUGCGUGUAGGCCUCAGCUCUUGUCCACAUUCCGGUCUUGUACGGACCUAUGCCAGCAGCUGGGUCUCAACACCCGGCGGCCAGGUGCAGUCUGCAGUCCAGCACUGUGCUCUGCUCGGCGCAAGUAGUCGUGCUUGUACAGCGUAUCUGAACUAAUGGAUGAUGCUCAACGUGCUAUGCUGAGCAUUCAAAAUUCGACUUGAAGUAACCAAAUUCUUUUUUUUCUCUUCUAGAUUUUAGCCAACCGUUCUGUGCCAAUAGAAAGAACAUCACAUCAUAGAGGUUAUUUUUGUAUAUUGAUAUUUAUUCACGCUUGCAGAAUGUUGUGAGGAGAAGUUUUAGACACUCCUCAAGUAUUGCCAAGGAGUCCUGCUCCGGGCCCUGUACUGCUGCAGCCUCGUUAUGUCGUUAUGUCUUAUGCAAGUAGAUAGACAUGAGCUCUACCACUUUCGCGGACUUUGCAUAGUUUCUCAAAAUAUUCUUGACACUGCUGGUCUCUCCCAUGGCAAAUAGCUGCCUCCUCCGCUGCCCCCUCCCCACUUUCUUGCCCUCCUCCAGCACUCGCUACAAGUAUGUUUUGUACUGUGUAUCAUUUGAGCGUGCACUAUGCUGUUAUCUUCAUCUACAUGUAUCUUCUUGGGCCCAGGUUAUCAAUCCUCAUUCAUUGGCCAGUCAAUUCAAAUAAGCAUUUUCAACUGUUCGCUUGUGUUCUAUCGCAUGUUACUUGUUAUGGCACGGCAGAUAUUAUAAUUAUUUAUAUCGUUUUCAAAUGUCUGAUUCAGUUGAAUCAACGGAAACCGCAACCACUUUUGCAUGCAUAUUUUUUUAAAUUUUGGCGACUCAUCUAUUCUUGUACUCUCUUGCCCAUUUUGCACCACAUAAUCCUUUGACUUUGAGCUCUCUCCGCUUUUUGCAGUGGGUUUCUUUA